AAUGUGUACGACUCGAUGAAGCUUUAGAAGAGCAAGAUCUCUAUACAAUAAUAGAAGAUCUGGACGAUUCUGAUGAAGAAAUAAGAGAAACCGCUUGGAGUAUUCUUAAUUUAUGUAAAGUAACAGUUGGAUCAGAGAUAUUUAAUAGAUUUAUUAAACUUGUAAAUGAUAAGAAUGUAAUAUUACAACAAUUUCAAUGUUGUACUACGGCUAAAGAAAAUUUGAUAUAUGCAUUAAAAGAUUACAUCAAAGCACCUAAUUUUAGUUUGGAAGAACUGUUAAGCAAUUAUUACAAUGAGACAGAAGCAAUUACUACAUUAUUUAUUGAAAUGUGUAAAAGACUUUCUAAAACGGAAACAGCAGACUUUAUUUGUUAUAAGUUAUUUCCACUCAUAUUUCAUACUGAAAAUGAAAAAUUACGAGAUGCUGCAUUAGAAAUUGGAAUGGGUAUUACUUCAUUUAACACACUGGCUGAUUUGGAUCCAGAGAAAUAUAAAGAUUUUUUGGCUGCUAUUGAAAAUGAAUACAUUCUAAGUAUUCGUAAUGUACUUGGAAAAAUGAAACAUCCAAACUGGCAUAAAAUGUUUAUACUAUUACUUAGGUAUGGGGGAAUUAUGUUUCAUCAACGUGUUGACAUUACAAAUGCCAUUUUAAAAAUAGCAGAAAGUGGUUUUAAGUCAUCAUCAAUUGAUAAUAAACUUUUUGCCUUUGAUUGUUGGAAGGAAUUAAUCAACAAUUAUAGUCUUAAUUUAACACAUAUGACUAUGCCAAAACAUAUUAAGCUUUUGGUGACUCCACUGAAAGCUAAUUUAUCAUCAAAUGAAGCUGUUAUUAAUAAAAGAUUUGAAAUAUGGAUAUAUCUCUUGAAGAAACUCGGUGAUAAGGCUGUAGUUUGCCUUGAACAUUUCUUAAACUUUUGCUUUGGACCUUUAGGAGCAAGUCCUUUGGUAGCAACAAAUAAUCCAGCGAUUGCAAGUCCAGGGAAAAAAGUAGUACGACUUUAUAAAAAAAGCCCGAAAUUUUUACUAGAAAUGCUGGGCCAUUAUGGACACAACUCGAAUGAUCCUUGCGUUUAUUACGAAGAAGAAUUAAAAUUGAAGAAACCAAUUUUAAAUAAUUCUAAUUUCCAGACGAUUUACACCCCUGUAAUUCAUAGUAUUGGGGAAUGUUGUAUAAUAUUGUCUAAAUGGAAUAGUGACGCAGCCGAGCUUUCUAGGGUAAUUCAUUGUAUGUGGGGAUCGUUACUGAAUUUCAUUAAUGAGUUAAAUUCGGAUAUAAAAGAAAAAGUGCUUCAAGUUGUAAGCAAUCAAGUUUUGGCUUUAUCAAAGGUUGCUGAUAACGAUAGUGAUUAUUUAGAUAGGAUAUUGAUGCCAAUAAUAAAUACGAUAAUGAGCUUCGAAUGUACAGAUACGAACGAUAGUUUAUUUAAACCCGUCCUGGUUCCAAGUUUAAAAUAUCUCAAUGCAACGGGUAAAUUCAAUACGACAAGGCUACGACAAUCGAUGGAUGCAGCAUUUUCUUCGAAAAGAAAUUUUAUUAAAGUGCGAAUGUUCGGGGAUUUUUGUGAUUUAAUUACGGAAAUUGAGAAAGUAAAAUUAUCUUAUCCUUUGUGGAUCACAUUAAGUCAUUUCGUGCCUGAUUUAUGUCGUACUUGUCCAAUUAACGAAGUGUUCUCUGGAUAUUUGUUGUCAUACAUGCUUUGGCCAGUAAAUAAUUACAAUUACAUUCCAGAAGACGAAAAACAGAACAUAAUAAGUACAUGGAAAAGGUUGAUGGAAGACAUUUGCAAAAGUAAUGCGUUGGUUCACAAAAACCACCACAAUUUUCUAACAUCGAUAAUUCAUUCAUUUCAAAAGAUUAUAAAGAAGAAGCCGUUAGUCAUCAACUCAGUAUCAUUUUUCUUACCUUUAUUAUCCCUUGAUUCUCUUAAAGACGAUGACUUGGACCCACUAUUUAUUUCAGAUUUACUACAGUUGGUACUGGAUUUACUCGAUUGUCCCUUAACAUCAAAAGAAAAUAUUAACAAAUUGGCGCUAAUACUUACAGUGUGUAUUAACAACGUUCUAAGACAUCCAAAUGGAAAAGCUGAUCUGAUUUACGAAAAAUUGUUUAAAGCGAUCGAGUAUUUUUUACAACCGCAUCAAGUAAGCAGAAAGGAUGUUAAUAAAUUAUCAAGUAACCAUUUUUAUUNGGACAAACUUGAGAAUAUAUUGAGUAAAAAUUGCAUUUCUAGAGAAAGAGUACCUCUUGCUCUUAAGUCUUUGAUAAGUGACCUCACACUUCAUAAAGACUCGGAAAUAUCCCGAAAUGCUAUUAAAAUAUUGUCGCUCUUAGAAAAUUCAACCAAUGAGGACACAUUAAAGUCAAGCAGCGAAAAUUUUAUAGAAAAUUCGAAUUCUUUGUUAUCUAGAUCGUCAGCUAAAAAUAUAGUGCAGAAGUCCACGAAACCUACUUUCAUUGAAAACACACGAGUGAUACAACAGCUCCUCGAAAAAAACACCACUCCCAUGAAGCUGAAAGGGAGCCAAUUGAAAAAUUCUCCAAAAUCAUCAACAGCGUCCACAACAACACCUUUUCGUUCAUCUACUACUAAAAAAUUACCAUCUCGUGCUGAUAAAAAAGAAACGUAUGUCUUAAUAGAAAAUAAUUACAAAUUUGAUAAAAGAAAGCUGACAGAGCAUCAAAAAGAAAAGAUGAAAAAACGUCGAGAAGACAUCCCCGCACUUUACCAGGAUCUAUCCCAAAGUCAAACGGGCAGUACAAGUAACUCGCAAAGUAACUCUCAAGAGGAUGCCAUUGGCAAGGAUUUAAAAGUAAUUGUGGAGAGAAUGCCUUACGUAGAAUGCAACGAUUUCACUGACGAUAGUAAUAGAAACUGUAGUAGUGCAAACCAUGAAGUCAAUAAAUGUAAAGAAAACACUUCGUAUGAUGAUAUGCAGCAAAUCAAUUUAGUAAUUAACGAAACGAAUAAAACUGAACAAAAAAUUAAAGAAAAUGCUAAACCUGCCAUUACUUCAACUGAAGAUAUUUUUAUUGGCACGAGUUUAGAAAAAGAAACAAAUAAGCCAGCAGAAUCAUUAGCAGCGGAAAAAAGUGGCGAAGAAAACGUGGAAUCUGUAAAAAGAAAUAAAAGGAUAACUAAUGAACUAUUAAGAUUAAAAAUGGACAUUGUUGGAGGUGAUAUCAAUAUUGAUGUAAACGAAGAGAGAAAAAGUAGACGAAAUUCAAAGCAACUCGAUAAAACCACUUCGCCAUUUAUUUUUCAAUUUGACAAACGUGAAUCCGCAGAAACUCCGAAAAGUAAAAAGAAGAAAAUUCAAAAGACCAGUAAGAAUGUUGGAAAAACGAAAAGACAUUAUGUAGAAACAAAUACUGUUAACUCUAAUAACUCAAGCGGCAAAGAGCCACCUAAAAGGAAAUGCAGAAAAAAACGAUCCCAGUCUUUAACUCACGAUAACGACAAAGCACUUGUGAUUAAGAACAACUUAAAUCGAAGAAGUAGAUCUAACUCUGAAACGAAAGAAUACAUUAGUUGCAGCAACUCAUCUAGUGAUAUUCACAGUUCAUUAAGGAAUGAGAAUUCAGAUUAUUGCAGUGAAGAUAUUAUCGAAAGUUCUCAGGAAUCGUAUAUAUCAUUUGGAAAAUCUCUUUGUAAAACAUCUCCUAACCCAAAUCAAAUUACUAAAAAUACCUUCACCUCUGCCGUCGAUUCGGUCGUUGAUGGUGAUGUUGAGUCACCUUACACCGAUUCGAUUUGCACAAUUAGCUGCAAUAAUCAACAAACUGGCACCGAUAAAAGAAUUCAGCAAUUUCAAUUUAAGGAAAAAUCACUGGAGUCACAAACAGUUCAAAUUGUGGAAUGUGGUGCUAAUGAAAAAUUAAAAGAAAUAGAAGAACAGAAAAGCGAUACAAUUGUUAUUUCCGAAGAUUUCAGUCCAGAUAAACUAAUACGAAAGGAUUUGGAUCAAAUUGAAAGGAAACUUACUAAACGCGAAAUAGAAAUAGCUGAAGCUGACACAGAAUCACUACCGGUAGACAAUUUGGAUGAUUUUAAAACAUGUUCUGAAACACCAGAAGCAUCUUAUGAACAUGCAAUUGAAACACAAAAUGAAGAAAUUGUUAGUUGUACAAAAGAGGACGAUGUAAUGGAACCAGAGAAAGACGAAAAAACACCAAGUUUAUUCGACUCCGAAGCAGAUGACCAAAAAGGUUGUGCAGCAAACCUACAGCAACAUCUAGAAGAAGACGCUAAACUAGUUGAUAAUGAAAAUAAGUCGAAAAUGGUUUCUCAACAGCAACCGUCAUCACGUUCAGCCAGGCUUGUUGGCCUCGUUACUACUACAAAUUUAGUCAAUGAAAAGUCUCCGCAUAUGAACUCUUCUCUCAAAAGAAAGUCGGAUGCUGUUAGUUUUAAAACGGCCUCUACAGUUUUUUCGCCAAAAACAAGCAGAGUUCGUAAAAUGAUGCAAAAUUGCGAAGAUCAAAGACCGCUAUUUAUAAUAGACUUAGACGAUGAAGUGAAAGAAAAAAUUCCGGAUAAUCAAUUACUGCAGUUCAGUAGAGAAAUACCGAGUCCCCUGGCAACACCCAAGGGAAGCAUUUUGAAGCGGAAGAGGGAUGUUAACGGCUAUUUAUCAGACGAUAAUCUUCAAUCAGCAAAAAGAAAACGAGUCAAUUUUAGUGACCCACCAACAACUUGCAAGAAGGUCUUCAUCCAACAUCAGGAUGAGUUAGUAAAUAGACAUCGAGGGAUCAAAAAGAAUCUCCUUCUGACCACAAAACUUCCAACUAAAGAAGUAGAUAUAAUUAUAUCUUCCGAAAAUGACCACAAUUCUGUAAGAGCUACUGAAGAAGAAGGCUGUAAAUCUACAAGUCACGAACUUCCAUCUGAAUCAUCAUCGAAAGAAAUAGUAGACACAGAAAUGACACAGGAGUGUGACAAAGUCAUUAUCAAUGACUAUACAGUCGAAGGCAACAUGAACAUACAAUUUUCAGAGGAUAUUAGUUUUCUUGACGACGUUGUGCCAAUUUGUCCUGAUUUAACCGAUUGUUUAGAAAAUGUGGAAGUUAUUUCAAAUAAGUUGAAUACUCCCUUGUGUAAAUCGGCACUUUUAGAAGAGUUGAAUAAAAAAAAUAUUCAUACUAUCGCAGAUUUAGCACUUUUAACCGAAAAGAAAAUAAAUAGUUUGACUCUAGACCAACCCAAAAUGGCUGAGGUAAAACGGGCUCUUUUUGAAUUUAAGGAGGCUAAGAAAAGCGAACUAAUAAAUGAAAUUAUUAAUGACAAUAUUGAACAUGUCUUGGAUAGUGACAAAAUAGAGGAAUCAAUUUCAUCAGGAAAUAUAACUCUGUUAGAAGAAACUGAUUUAAAUACUACGACUGUUUUAAUAAAUGGUGAACCGAAUGUAUUAAGCACCCCAUCGUCAUCGUCACUUGCAAGUGAAGAUACGAAUCAAAAUCAACCACAUUGUUUGGAAUCAAAGGAUCAAUAUGAUGAAAUAGAAAGGCUUAUUAACGGGACGACGGAGGAGAACCUUGAACAGUUUGUUGUUCUCGCGAUUAAAAAAUUGUCUGAAUCCCAUAACAGCCAAAACGUGCUAAAAAGACUGAUUGGAACGAUCAUAGAAAAAAUGCCCCGUUCCGUUACAUGGAAAACAUUCCAUGAGUAUUUGACAAAAUUGUUUAUAACUGAAGACUGUGACUAAUAAUUUUAGUUUAAGCAUGAAUGUUAACAACAAAGUAAUUUUCUAUAUUAACGUAUUUAUAUAUAUAAUAUGUAGUCAUUAUUAUCAGUACUAUUAUAUUGUGAAGAAGUAUCUCUUUUUAGGUUAUUUUACUAAACAGUAAUUAUUAUUUGUACAGUUAUGUAAUAAUAAAGUAUUCUGUGUAAUCACA